AUGAUGUCGCCCUCCAUUCAUUUAACUUAUCUAUUCACGAUAUUGUUGGGAUUAACCAAUAUUGCUCUGGCAUCCGAUCCAGAGACAAUCUUGGUGACAGUGACCAACACAGACGAGGCAAAUGGAGCUGUUGAAACCACGGUUUCUCCCGCAUUGGUCUCCACUUCGACCAUAGUUCAAGCCCAUACCACAACCUUGUACACAACUUGGUGUCCCCUGACUGUGGCCACUUCAUCUACUACUGCGGUUCCUCCUUCCGUUUCAUAUGCUGCAACGUUAUCAAGAUUCAGUACCUUAACGUUAUCUACGGAAGUUUGCUCACAUGAGGCAUGUUCUUCAUCAUUCACGUUACCAACAACCACCUUUUCUGUGACUUCCGAAUAUACCUCCUAUAUAUGCCCUACUUGUCACACAAACACAAUUAGUUCAUCCUCCAAGAUAGAAACUACAGCUGAACCAUCGUCCAGUGUUGUUUCAUCGUCGACAAGUACCUCCACAUUAUCUCCUAGUACUUCGACCUUCUCGAGCACAACCGACUCAAGUUCGAGCUCAAGUAUAACAAGCUCCAGUCCAGUUUUCGCUUCCACCACUCUAUCAUCAGCAAGCUUUCUCUCAACUUCUACUUUCACAAGUUCGACUUCUUCUUCCACAAGUUCUACUCCAUCUUCCACAACUACAAGUUCUUCUUCCACAAGUACGACUUCUCCUUCCACAAGUUCGACUCCAUCUUCCACAAGUUCGACUCCAUCUUCCACAACUACAAGUUCUUCUUCCACAACUACAAGUUCUUCUUCCACAAGUUCGGCUCCAUCUUCCACAAGUACAACUUCUUCUUCCACAAGUUCAACUCCAUCUUCCACAAGUUCGGCUCCAUCUUCUACAACUACAACUUCUACUUCCACAAGCUCGACUUCUUCUUCCACGAGUUCUACUCCAUCUUCCACAACUACAAGUUCUUCUUCCACAAGUACGACUUCUCCUUCCACAAGUUCGACUCCAUCUUCCACAAGUUCGACUCCAUCUUCCACAAGUACAACUUCUUCUUCCACAAGUUCAACUUCCAAAACUUUAAGCUCAUCCAGUUUAGGUUCUACUACUUCCACUUCUAUUGAACCAACCUCCUCUUUGGUUUCAUUUGUAUCCCCAUCAUCAAGUACCUCCGCAACAUCAACGUCCACAUCUUCAUAUGCUCCAUCCACGCAUUCUUCCUCCAUCUUUUCAACUUCAUCAGAUGUUACUACUUCUUCUGCCACUUCUUCAGCAGUUGAGACAACCACUAAUUCCCAAAGUUCGUCUGAAUAUACUAGCAAAUCUACAACUUCCACUAUUGCCCCAUCAUUCUCCAUGUCCACAUAUUUUACGACGAUUAGUGGUGUCACUACCAUGUAUACUACAUGGUGCCCGUACACAUCUGGGUCGGUGGUUGCUACACUAACUAAUACACAUGACACUACUGCGAUUGAGACUACCACUUGUACUCAUGAGUCUUGCAUGCCCUCCCAAACUACCAAGUCCGUUUUAUCCUCCAUAGUCACAUCCACAACAAGCGUCGUCACUUCUGCAGCCACAUCACAUGCGUGUUCUACAUGUACUAAAACGUCAGGUUCAAGCUCUUCAGAGCAACCACCUUUUACAAAUUCUGUAACACAAGAAACGACAUCUACAGAAAAUGUUGCAAGCUCAACAACGGCCUCAGGCGAAGAUUAUAAUAAGCAUGCCACCGGUAAAUAUCAUCAAACUUCAUCCGAUAUCUCAUUUGUUUCUUAUACAACAAGCAAGGAAACGGCCACAUCAAGUGUCAGUUCAACAUCUCGAGAACAAUUAUCAUCCCCAUUAGCAACAUCUAUUCUAUUGUCUUCAACUUCCGCUUUAUCAUCUUCGUCCUCUGCAACUACAUAUUUUUCUUCUUCUGCAACUGAGUGGUCCUCAAGCAGUCCUGUGUUACCGUCCAGUUCUGCAUCAUCGUCAAAUGUUAAGCAGUCUUCAGUUGCCACAUCUUCCGUUGUUUCGUUAUCAGCCGCUGCGCUUUCCUCCUCUUCCCCUGUGGCGGCUACACAACCUACCUCCACGACAUCUACGUCUGAAACAUUAGCCGUCGAAUCUUCAUUGACUUCCACAUUAUCAUCCAUUCAUUUCUCACCAUCUCCAUCAUCUUCUUCUCCAUCACAGACUUACAUCACCACAGCGCCAGAAUUAUCCAGUUCAACUAUUAUGCAAUACCAAUCAUCUUCAAUGGUAGUAGUUAGCCAAUACACGGGCAGUGGUUCGCAAACCCAUUUGCCACUAGGCAAGCUUUUCUUUGCCGUCAUGGCAGUUGCUUUCAACGCAAUUCUUUAA